AUGGUCAAGGUUGCGGGGGAAGAUGGCGAGGGAGGAGCAGGAGGAAGAGAUGCAGGAGGAAGGGAAGACCAUCGCACAGGAAGUAGACAUGAUGCUGAUGAAGAGAAGAGGCAGGUUGAUCAAGCGGCAGACAUCGUGAGAGGUUCCGAUGCGGGGAUGAGUGCCUGGGAGAAAGACAAGGUCGAUGAGCUACAAACCGUGAUAUUCGAGUUGAAGAACGGCAAGACAAAGUCUGGGAUCCCCAUAAUCGAUCCUCAACUUCUUGCCAUCUCAAGCGUCGUUGGGCGUUUGUUAGUCCUGCAGCUGAAGUCUCCCCGCAUUGACGAUGGAUUGUCAGUUGCUAUGGACAGGCGGAUUGAAGAAGCGGUCAAAGAGAGGAUUGACUCAAGCAACGAGUCGCUAUCAGCCAUUGGUGUCAUAGCUGCCCUGAUACUCUCCAUCACAGCUCCCUUUUGUUUCAAUGCGAUCCAGCAGUCUGACAUCAUCAAAGGAGAGGAUGCGUACAAAAUAUUCCUCCACGAGAGCGAUCUGGAAAGACUGCAGUACACGCUUGCAAGCCUGCUGAUUCUAUCGGCUCUUUGCAGCGGGCUGAGCGUGAUUUCAUCUCUGGCGAUGUAUGUUCAUCUCAACAACGUCAUGCCGGACGCCAACAGCAAACUUUGGUUCCUCCGACACGCAUGGAUGGUCUUCCCGGAGAAGCUCCUGGUCGCCGCCGUCUUCUGCCUGUGCCCGGCAGCGCCUUUGGGGAUGAUACUCUGCUAUGGCGACACGAUGGGACUAAUCUCGCUCGUCCUCUUCGGGGCGCUGGUCCCCCCGUACCUCUGCUGGCAGCUGUACAUGCAGAUCUCCUGCAGGAGGCACGUAGCUCCAAGGUUCGUCGUGAUCGGCAACCGUUGA